ACUGUCCUGCCUACAUCAUUAAUUGACUAUCAACAAAGUACAAACUUCUGUAGGCAUGUGAUGCUGCUCAUUAACAGAUGAAAAUAAACAGCAGGUCUUCAGUACGAACGUUGAUAAACCGUGAAAAAUACCUUGUACUUCCGGUAUUUAUAAUAUUUUUCCUACCAUAGAUCAAUGGUAAAUAAUCAUUUCCACACCAUACUGUAACAACAUAUUACAAACAAGUUACGAGCAACAAGGCUGAUUAUACAUUAUUAUUCAAUUAUCGAAGGCUGUAAACUACAGGAAAAUGUCUCAAUUUAUGAAACAAAUUUUUAAGAAUAAAAAUGCUCAAGUUUCUCUACAAAGUCUUCCCAUAAAGAAUAUUCAAUCUCGCUAUUUGAAUUUAUUAGAAUGUCACAGCAAAGACUUACUUCAUCGUCAUGGAGUGGCAGUGCAAAAGUUUAAAAUUGUUGAAAAUGCUGAUGAAACAAAUGAUAUAUUGAAAUCUUUCAAUGUCAACGAGUAUGUUUUAAAAGCUCAAGUCUUAGCCGGUGGAAGAGGAAAAGGUCACUUUAGUAAUGGAUUUAAAGGAGGUGUUCACGUUACAAAAGACCAAACAAAAAUUUAUGAUAUAUUAAAAAAUAUGUUGGGAUACAAUUUAAUUACAAAGCAAACUCCGAAGGAUGGUAUACUAGUAAAUAAAGUCAUGGUAGCCGAGUCGGUUGACAUAAAGCGUGAAACUUAUUUUUGUAUAUUAAUGGAUAGAAGUGAAAACGGUCCUGUACUCAUAGCAUCUCCAGCGGGAGGCAUGGAUAUCGAAGAUGUAGCUGUCAAUUCCCCUGAAUUAAUAAAAAAAAUUCCUAUUGAUAUAUACGAGGGUAUUACAGAUGAAAAAGCAUUGGACGUAGCAAAAUUCUUAAACUUUGAAGGGCCACUGUUAAGCAAAGCUGCAUAUGAAAUCAAAAGGCUAUGGGAAUUCUUUUUAGCUGUGGAUGCUGUUCAAAUAGAAAUAAAUCCGUUAGUUGAGACGUCUGAUAACCAAGUCGUAUGUGUCGACGCUAAAAUUCAAUUUGAUGACAACAGCGAGUUCAAACACAAAGACAUAUUCAAAUUAGACGAUACUAGUGAAUCAGAUCCUCGGGAAGUUCUAGCUCAUAAACACAAUUUGAACUAUAUUGGCAUGGACGGAAAUAUUGGAUGUUUGGUGAACGGUGCUGGUCUUGCAAUGGCGACUAUGGAUAUUAUAAAACUGCAUGGAGGCGAGCCGGCCAACUUCUUAGAUGUCGGUGGAAAUGUCAAUGAAAGUCAAGUGUAUGAAGCUUUCAACCUUUUGACAUUGGACUCGUCUGUGAAAGCUAUUUUAGUGAAUGUUUUCGGAGGAAUUGUAAACUGUGCAACUAUUGCUCAAGGUUUAAUAAAUGCUUCAAAAAAAUUAAACAUGACUGUCCCCUUAGUAGUUAGAUUAGAGGGAACAAAUGUCAAUGCUGGAAAGAAGCUUUUAGAAGACUCGGGGCUGCUCAUUCAGUUUGCAUCAAAUUUAGACGAAGCUGCGAAAAAAGCAAUUUCAUCUCUACACAAAUAAAAAUCUCAAAUAAUCGUAAAACAUUUAAUUUUUGUAUUUUAAAAAUCUUGUUGUACUAUUUUUUUUUUAGCAUGGUUAGUGGUUUAAAGUAUGAAGUAUUUAUAUUUUUUAAUUGAUUUCCAAAAUUGUCGGAAAAAAUAUAAUUAUGGGAAGAAUAAAUUAAAAUUAAAAAUAUUAUGUUGAUGUUAAGUAAAAAUAUGAUUAAGUUUUAUUUGGAAGAUUUCACAAUAAAUUGGAAAUCAGGGAAGAAUGUUUCUCUUAUAACAGUGGCAACAUUAA